CCAUCAGGGCAACAGUAGAGGAGGUGUUCCUGGUAGCCAUCUUGGAUGUGCGGAGUGAUUGUUUGGCGAAAAUAAUUAAUAUAAUUUAGAAAAAUAGCGUGAGGACGUAGGCAAAUACGAUUUAAAAGAGUGGCGUCAACUAAGAACAGAAAAGAUAAAUCGGAAAAUCCAGUGAAAGAAGGCAUGAAGACAGCAUCCUAGUCAACAGUCAUGGCUGAUAAAAGGAAACUUCAAGGUGAAAUAGAUCGAUGUUUGAAAAAAGUAACGGAAGGCGUGGAACAGUUUGAAGACAUUUGGCAAAAGCUUCACAAUGCAGCCAACGCUAACCAGAAGGAGAAGUAUGAAGCAGACCUCAAGAAAGAGAUUAAAAAACUACAGCGUCUCCGAGACCAGAUCAAGACGUGGGUGGCCUCCAACGAGAUUAAAGACAAAAGGCAGCUAGUGGAGAAUCGCAAACUGAUUGAGACGCAAAUGGAGCGGUUCAAGAUCGUGGAGCGAGAGACCAAGACAAAGGCGUACUCGAAGGAGGGGCUGGGCCUGGCACAGAAGGUGGACCCGGCCCAAAGGGAGAAAGAGGAGGUCGGCAAUUGGCUAACGAAUACAAUAGACACUCUGAACAUGCAGGUGGACCAGUUUGAGAGCGAAGUGGAGUCCCUCUCAGUCCAGACUCGAAAGAAGAAGGGAGACAAAGAGAAACAGGACCGCAUCGAAGAGCUGAAGCGCUUCAUCGAGAAGCACCGGUACCACAUCCGGAUGCUGGAGACCAUCCUGCGCAUGCUGGACAACGACACCUUGCCGGUGGACUCCAUCCGCAAGAUCAAGGACGACGUGGAGUACUACAUGGACUCGUCGCAGGACCCCGACUUCGAGGAGAACGAGUUCCUCUACGACGACCUGGAUCUGGAGGAGCUCCCUACCUCUCCCUCUGUCUCCCCCCAUCCAUCUCUUGUCUCUCUAGCCGGGUCGCUGGUGGCCACGUCCCCGCCGGGCCAAUCGCUCCUGGACGACGAUCUCUUCCAUCAGAUCUCCAGCGGCACGCCUACCUCCACCACUUCCUCCUCGCCCAUCCCUCCCUCGUCCGCAACUUACACUACGGAGAACUCUGAAGAUGACAAGAAAAGGGGACGUUCGACAGACAGUGAAGUCGGUCAGUCGCCUAUCAAGAACGGCAACCCUUCUUCGUCGUUGUCCUCCUCCUCCUCUUCAUCCUCUUCCUCUUCAUCCUCUGCCUCCUCGGGAGCCUCCUCAUCCUCGCUGGCGACCAUUGCCGGGGUUGGCCUGCCUGUCACUGGGGGCAACAGCCUCCUGGGCAACAUGGGAGGUCUCCUCUCCAACUCUGGCAGCUACAGAGACGCUACCCAACUGCAGCAGCAUUACCAUACCCAGCAGGCCAGAAACUCAGUCAUCUCCUCCAACGCCCCCUCCAACUCCAAUCCUUCGAACAACCUCCUCCUCCCCAGCCCCUCCGCUUCCUCACCCGCCAACUCUAGCACAACCCUCCCCCCACUCACGCCCAACACCCAUUUGCAUGCUCCGUCAAGGCCAUCACCGUCCUCCAGCUUGGGGCUUGGAUUGGGCUUGGGCCUUGGUAAAGGCGGCAUUACGGGGUCACCGGCCGUCAGCCAGAUGUCGGGCCUUGGCUUGUCGGGGAUGCCAGCAUCCCUAAACACCAUGGCCGGGCUCCUGGCGGGCUCAACUUCGGCCCCCUACGCCACGGCAGCAGCAGGCUCCGGAACCAUCGGAAGCCCCCUAGCAGGGAAAAGCGUCAGCAGUAGCAGCCCUAACUCCGGCACAGUGGGACAGAUGGGCGGGAACACUGUCAGCGAUAGAUCCACGGGCCUGUUGGGCUCUGCGCCCUGUGCAAUUGGUGUCAGCGGUGGGAUCCUCAGCCUAAGCGGCCUUGGCUCAGGGCAGUUGGGGGUCCAGGGCCCUCCCCUGGUGGCCUCCAGUCCCAUAGGAGGCCUGUCCCCUGGAAGCAGCCUGGGAGCCAUAGGAAGCAUUGGAGGGAACUCUGGUUCAGGCGCGCCAAGCACGGCGAUCACAAGGCCACCCAGUGGACAGAAGCAGAAUGGUAGCACUAGUUACAGUGCUGUAGUAGCAGACAGCACACCCGAUUCCGCCCUCAAUAGUGCCAGCCAAUUACAAAGCAGCCAACCCUCGUCUUUGACCUCCACCACCAAUCAGCCUAAAGACAGUGGCCCCAGCCUCUUAGGGCCCAUGAUUCUUCCCACCAGCUCUCCCUCGCCCUCCUACAGCGAGAGUAAACUUCCAGGCAGCGGUAUGCUCAACGGGCCACUCUCCUACACACAGACCUCUGAAAGCAAGCCCCAGGAGCCUCUGAGCACUCUAAAGUCUAUGGCAGAACGAGCGGCACUGGGCUCAGGAAUGGAGGGAGAGAUGCUUCCUCUGCACCUCACCACAGACAUUUUCCCCAGCACUACAUUGCCCCCGGGGCCUCCCUCGGCCCCCCAGCAGCCCUCGCUUUCAGAGGUCAGCAUCCCCCCAUCGCUGGGCGUGUGCCCACUCGGGCCUGUGCCCCUGUCCAAAGACCAGCUGUACCAGCAGGCCAUGCAGGAAUCGGCAUGGACGCACAUGCCCCACCCCUCCGACUCGGAGAGGAUCAGGCAGUACCUGAUGAGGAACCCAUGUCCCACCCUGCCUUUCCACCACCAGGUGCCACCCCCACACUCCGACUCUGUAGAGUUCUACCAGAGACUGUCCACGGAGACACUGUUCUUCAUCUUCUACUACCUAGAGGGCACCAAGGCCCAGUAUCUGGCAGCCAAGGCCUUGAAGAAGCAGUCGUGGCGGUUCCACACUAAGUACAUGAUGUGGUUCCAGAGGCACGAGGAGCCCAAGACCAUCACAGAUGAGUUUGAGCAGGGGACGUACAUUUACUUUGACUACGAGAAGUGGGGACAACGGAAGAAGGAGGGAUUCACGUUUGAGUACAGGUACCUUGAGGACCGAGACCUCCAGUGACAUAAGGCAGAGGAGGAGAAUAAAAGAAGGUUGGACUACCGUCGACAUUCCUGGAUUGAACUCAACACACUGGGAAGAGGGACGGAUGCAGACGCCAGACUGAGCCAGUCUUAGUAGAGCAUAAUGCAUUUGGAGCUUCUCCCUCUUUGCCCUGCGAAGCCACACCCCCUACAGUGAUAAACCCCUCCCUCUUUUCCCAUAAGGCAGUUUUGAUUUAGAUUGGAGCUUUUUAUCUCUUACCUGAACUGGAUCCCUUUUUAUUUUUAUAUAUAUAUAUUUAUAUAUAUAUAUAUAAUGUUUGGUCGAUAACACACUCCUUUAUUAUUUUUUUACUCACCUACCACUCAUUUGAGAGAACCAAAGAUGAUUGGUCAAAUCUGUUUUAAUUCCCAGCAGUAUGGCAGUCCAAUUAAAAAAAAAAAAAAGUGACAAGAUGAAGCGAGAGGCCAAUCAAAUGAGCCCUUGGGGGAUGGUGGGUCAGAGGGGGGUGGGUCCAAAGCCUAAAGCAUUUCACAGCAGUCCUAGGUCAUUGCUGGGUUAGACACAAGCUAAAGACUAGAGGGGAAACGGUAGCAUUUCCAUGUUACAAUAAGGGCUUUUGGGGUGACUCCAUGUUUUAGCCCUAAUGAAUAGACUCUUCAUGGUCACCAGCCCACCCUAAUGUUAAACUAAUAGCUUCCUCUUGGGUACACCCAGCAUUGACCAGACUGCUAUAAUAAAAUAUGGUAACCCAGCCCUCCUCCAUCCCUCCAUUCAUUCUUAUCCCAAGUUACAGCAUUACGUUUAUAUUGCUGUGGUCAACAGCAACAGAAACCACACCAGCACUUAAGCGUCUCGUCUGUAGAGUAUGUUUACAAGUGUUUUAACCCGAGAGGUGGGCUUUUACAAUAAACUCGACCGCCCUAGUAAUAACUUCAUUAUUUUUGUUCCCGCCACUUUGAUGAUAAUAAUGUACAAAUCAGUUGUGAUUGCACUUCCAAAAUUCACUUCAACCUCCAGGUAGAUAUUUCCUUUUCUCAGGAAGUGUUUGAUGGAUCAUUAUGUGAGGAAAUAUACCAGGUCAGGAGCUCCAUUGCAGCACAAAAACCCCACAGAGAUCAGACAGACACCGCAGGCAAUUUUUUUUGUCCACCCCAAUAGGGCUUUCUAUCCCUUUUAAAGGCAAUGUGUUUCAUUUCAGGCUUUACAUUUUUUAAAUAAUAAUAUCCUCCAAUGUUUGGAGUGCAAUCUUAAAUUUGUCAUUUUCGUUUGCCUGUGUAUGUCAUCUCAGAGAUGGAAAGCAUUUCAAUCUGAAAGAGUGAGACCCAUUUUUUUAUUUUUUAUUUUUAUUUUUUAAGAAAAUAACUUGUCAGGGCACCAUUCACUGACGAGCCUGCUGUUUUUAAUGUUACCUUUUACCUAUUUGGCAAGCGGAAGGGAAGAGAAGUCCACCAGAGCUGAAAUGUGAAACUCUCCCCCUCUGAAAGGGUGUUGUAUAGACUGUCAUUUUCAUCCUUUACUUUUUGUUUGCCGUUGUCUUCUGGACAGCAUGAUCAAUGACACUUGCAAAGUGGAGCUGAUAAAAUUAAGUAAAUAUGAAGCAUAACCAUGAAUAAAGGAUUGUAAAAUAUUAAUAAAAUAAUUACUUUUCAGAA